AUGAAAACUUUUGAUUUAGAAGAACUUGACUGGCCUUUUAUAAUCAAUCACAGUGUUUCACUCCUUGACACAACAAAGAGUGUUGAGAAGAUUGGAAAAGAUUCUCUUAUAAACUAUACAAUAACAAAAUUGUUAUCGAGUGACUUCUUCGCCAAUUUGUUAUGGUUUUACAUAACUAAACAUUUUGUGCAAUCCGUCAAAAUGACAAAUUCAACUGGUAAAAUUAGGUACCUAAUCAAGGGAAUAAAUAUCCUUAAAGCUCAUGGUAAAAGUGCUACAGAAAGCUACUUAUUAAAAGGCUAUGCACUUAAUGCUGGUCGUGCAACUCAAUGAAUGCCAAUGAAAGUUUGUCCUGCAAGAAACUCAACAUGGGAGUUCAAAAAAAAAUGCAAUUGGGAGUUCAAGCUUUAGUCGCGGACCCACAGAAGCUUGUGACAAAAGAACUUAUUCAGAAGCUUCUAAAAGUUGGAGCUAAUGUUGUUUUAACAAGGGGAUUGAUGACGUGGCACUCAAGUGUUUUGUGGAGGUUGGUGCGAUUGUGGUUAGACGUGUGAGGAAGGAGGAUUUACGCCAUGUGGCAAAGGCAACAUGUGCAACUGUGAUGAAGUGGUGGAAGAGCAUGUCACAGACGAUGAUGUUAUAAUGAUAAAGGGAACCAAAACAACAAAUUAAGUAUGUAUAUAAUCAAUUACAUUUUUUUCAAUAGGUUCGUCCGAUACUAAGAGGUGCUAAUGUUGGAUAAGGUGUCUAAGUCCAUAACUUUAUUUGGUAUAUACUUGACCCGACCCGGCAUGGUCCAUUUGGGUUGCACUUCACCCGAACUGCUUGUAUGGUU